AUGUCUCAAUCACUGCAGCAGCAACAGCUCCCCCACCCCGACGACGAGCCCCAGCUCCCGCUCCCCUCCAGCAGCAGCUCCCAGCAGCAGCAGCAUCAGCCCAUAGAGCACCCCGUCGCCUCCUCCUCCUCUUCACGGCCCUCCUCAGCCGGCUCAUCCACCAAACGCCCCGCCCCCGAAGACGACAUCUCGGAGCUCGUACGCAAGGCAAAGGCCUCCCGGUACGCCCAGCCAGUCCGGAAAUCGGAUGCUGACGAUAUUGCGGACACGCUGGAGCGGGAUCUGAGUUGUGCCAUCUGCUCGGAGGUGCUCAACAAUCCUGUGGCGUGUUUUGAUUGUUUGCAUAACUUUUGUGGAUCCUGCCUAGUCCCCUGGCUCGAGCGCACAAACACCUGCCCGACCUGCCGGCGGGUCGUCAAAAAGAUCGGUGACAACCACAGCACCGCAACCCUCAUCGAAACCCUCCUGGCCCGCUUCCCCGACAAGCGCCGCGACGCCGCCGAGCUCAAGGAGCUCGAGAAAGUGUACAAGCCCGGGCAGAAAGUCUACAUCGAAGACGCCUCCCCCGACGACGACGACGACGACGACCACCGCUCAGACUCCGACGGCGACGACGACGAGGAGGGCCACAUCGCCUGGCCGCCCUGCCCCUGCUGCGCCCCCGACAACCCCCACGGCCACACCUGCCCGGACGCCAUCCCCGCCACGGACCCCCCGCACCGCGUAGACACAUACAGCUACCGCAACCACGUGCACUGCCAGCACUGCCCCAACACCAUUCCCACCACCUGGAAGGCCGGGUACAAAUGCGAGUCCUGCGGCAUCCUCAACUGCGGGGCGCUCUUCGGGUGCGCUAUACCAGGCGUGCUCGCCCCGCCGGCCGCCCAAGUGCAGCCCAUCACGCCCCCGAACCUGGCUUUCCUCAACAACCUUGCGGAGCUGCACCACUUCGAGAGCUGGCGCGGGGCGACGGGCACGUCGUAUCUGCAGAUUGCGCAGAUGAUCUACGAGUGGCUUGUGGCUGGCAACGGCGGGGAGUUCAGGGCGCUGAGGAGGAGCGUGGGCACGGAUGCGUAUGUGUGUAGGGGGUGUGUGGCGCCCGUGCUGCAGGAGCGGUUUAUGGCGUGGUGGUGUGCGGAGAGGGUGCGGUUGUAUGUGGAUGCGAGGCAGAGGUGCUGGUAUGGGUGGCGGUGCAGAACGCAGUUUCAUAAUCCGGCGCAUGCGCAGAAGUUGCAGCAUUGUUGUGCGGAGGUGCCGGAGGCGGAGAGGAGGGGGGGGAGGGCGAGGGCGGAUGGGGCGGUGAUGGUGGGGGGGCCCGUGGUGGAUUUGGGUUUGGGAGGUGGGCCGGUGGUGGAUUUGGGUGGGGGGGCGGGGGCCGCGGAUGGGGGUGUGCCCGGGCCGCAGUAG